GUGAAGAUGGCGGACUGUGUGCACAGUUGCAGUAUCGUCGAGGUCCCGUAAAGAAAUUCAUUGAACUGGUGAAGAAGAGCGCAAUAAACUUAUUUCAGUCCCUGUGUGGGGAACAUUGGGAGAAAGACAGAGGCAGCUAUAUUGCCUCAGGAUUUUCAUCUGGAGAAAGGGUGAAAUAAACUUGCCGUCACCAUGGGGAGACGCUCGACAUCUUCCACCAAGAGUGGAAAGUUCAUGAACCCCACCGACCAGGCCAGGAAGGAAGCUCGAAAGAGAGAGCUUAAGAAGAACAAGAAGCAGCGGAUGAUGGUCAGGGCGGCUGUGCUGAAGAUGAAGGACCCUCGGCAGAUCAUCCGUGACAUGGAGAAGCUGGAUGAGAUGGAGUUCAACCCGGUGCAGGUGCCUCUGCUGAACGAGAAGGUCCUGCGGGACAAGAGGAAGAAGCUGCGCGAGACGUUCGAGCGGAUCGUGCGGCUCUACGAGCGCGAGAACCCCGAAACUUACAAAGAGCUUCGCAAGCUGGAGCUGGACUACGAGACCAAGCGCGGCCAGCUGUCGCUCUACUUCGACUCCGUCAAGAAUGCUGAACUGGUAGAGGUGGACAGCAUCCCCCUCCCAGAGAUGCCGCACGCCCCCUCCAGCAUCCUUAUCCAGGACAUCCCCCUGCCGGGAGCGCAGCCUCCCUCCAUCCUGAAAAAAAGCAGCGCGUACGGGAAGGGCCCGUUUGUGUCGCCUUCGGCGCCCACGGCAGCAGCAGUGGCUGGGGUGCCGCGACUGCCCCCAGGCCGGAAGCCACCGGGCCCUCCCCCGGGCCCGCCGCCCCUCCAGGUCCUGCAGCUGCACGCGUCCCGCAGGGCCCCGCACUACAGGAGGGAGGGGGAGCACAGCACCGACACAGGAAUGACAGAUAUCUGCGACCCGCCCUCGGAUAGCGAGAUGCCCAUGGAGGGCAGGGAGAGUGGGAGUGAGAGCGAGGGUGACGGCGAGGAGGGCGAGGACGACGACAGCGACUCUGAGGACGACAGUGACAUGGAGCGGGAUGAAGGCGGGGAGGAGGAAAGGAGGAGGGAGCGAGCGGAGGAGGAGCGGGAGAGGGAGAGAGAGAGAGAGGAGGAGAGGGACAUGGCCAUGGAGAAGCCCGCAGGUCGCAGCGUGCGGUUUGCGGACAUGGGGCCCCCUCCCACCAGAGAGAGGAGGAAGAAGAGGGUGGUGAAGAAGACCAAAGCCAUCACACCCCUGCAGGCCAUGAUGCUGAGGAUGGCAGGUCAGUCCAUCCCUGAAGAGGAAGAAGAGGAGGAGGAAGAGGAGGAAGAAUACACUGACCCGUCAGACCAGUCAGACACUGAUGACAAGCCACCCGCUGACAGCCAGUCCACGCUCCCACUGGCUGGCCAGCGUCUGCCUCCUCCAUCUGCACCAAUGGGAGCGCCGCAGCAGCAGCCCGCACCUCACAUGCAGGCUCCACCAAUCACCGGGCCUCCUCCCUUAGGACCACCUCCAGCCCCUCCAAUGAGGCCUCCUGGUCCCCCUUCAGGCCCGCCCCCAGGGCCCCCUCCUGGUGCGCCCCCUUUCCUGAGACCCCCGGGAAUGCCAGCAGGCCUUCGGGGGCCCAUGCCACGGCUGCUGCCCCCGGGACCGCCCCCUGGGCGCCCCCCUGGCCCUCCUCCCGGUCCACCCCCAGGCUUACCACCAGGCCCUCCGCCCAGGGGACCGCCACCCCGCCUGCCCCCGCCAGCACCCCCAGGUAUUCCUCCACCUCCACCCCGUGCUGGACCCCCACGGCCCCUGGCCCCACCCCUUUCCCUCUUCCCACCGCCGCUUAACCCCAAUGUGCUGAGCGCGCCCCCUGCCAUUGUACACCGGCAGAAGCCUGUCAGCGCUGCCGAGGGUGCCCAAAGCAACCCCAGCGCCUCGUCCAUGCUGGCCCCGCCCUCCCUGCCCCUCUCACUUCGCCCAGGGGUGAUGCAGGUACCGCCCCCACCAGGAACCGGCGCCACCCAGCCCAGCGCCAACCCCAGCAACCCUCCUGCCCUCCACCAUGCCCCCACCAUCGAGAAGCGCGCCAACAUCACCUCCGUCGCCAGUGGCAACCCGGCCUCCAACCCAGCAACAGGCGGGGCCACCAUCUCGGCCAAGCCCCAGAUUAUCAACCCCAAAACCGAGGUGACCCGCUUCGUCCCCACAGCCCUGAGGGUGCGGAGGGAGAAGGGCGGGGCCACAGGAGGGGGUGUGGUGGAUAAAGGCGGCAGGAGGCCAGGGGAGGAAGGUGCGGCUGGGCCUGGGCAGAAGCAGCAGCCCCUCGGAGUGCCCGCCUCCUCCACCAACCCUGCCCAGAUGGGAACGUCCUCAGCGCCUCAGCCCAGCAUGAAGACCAAGGACCAGGUGUACGAGGCUUUCAUGAGGGAGAUGGAGGGACUGCUCUGAGGGCAGGGGGAGGCAGAACUAUGCAGGAGCAACAGGAAGUAGGAGGGAGGGGCUUUGAGGAGUCAUUUCUUUACUAGGAAUGGCACAGGACUUAGAUGCUUGCUAGUUUGUUUUACAAGAAAAACCCUUUCAGUUAACAGCUCUUUAACUGACACCUCAAGUAGCAGUUUUCCCAUUUUAAACCUAAACAGUGACAAUUAAGGAAGUACAGGGGCCCGAGCUGAGAGAGAUGCCAGCAAGGACUGUAAUUGCUCCCCCGCUUGGGGGGAACUGUAACCACAGAUGUGUUCAUAUGACCGUUUGUUGAAGAAUGUUAAAAUGCAAUUUGCUUUGUUUUUUAUUUCAAGUGUGUUGAAAUGUCAGAGGUGGGGAAAACAAAUCAAAUGUUUUUGUAUGACCGUGUACAAUGGAUAAAGAGUGAGUACAAUGUUUGUGUUUAAAAACAUCAGACCUGGAAAUAAAUGAU